CGUCGCGUUUUGACCCCCAGAAACCUCCUCUCAACCCGCCUGGCGUGGCCACCACGCAGGGUCACUCCUCCUCCUCUUCAUCCUCCUCCUCCGCUUCUUCUUCUUCUUCUCCUCCUCCUCCUCCUCGUCCACCUCCUCUUUCUCUCCUCUUGAGGCUGAAAACACCAUCGCUCAUCCCGGGCCGUGACAUUUUCCAGCUUGUCGCCGUAUGCUGCCGCUGCUGCCGCUGCUGCUGCUGCGCGGACAGCGAGCGCAGAGAGCCAAAAAAAAAGCAGGAGGAGGAGAACAGGAGGGGGGAGGACGCCGCCAGGAGAAAGCAGCACCGCGCAUCAUCCCCUCUGCCUGCCAUCCGGAGCGAGAGGCGCACAAAGCGGAGGCGAGGCGCUGCAGGAAGCCGCUGCGCACCUCCCCGGAACCCCCCACGCCGGACGCGGCCCCGAACCCGGACUGGAUAUUUUGCGUCUCGAAGCCCGGAGACAGCUAGAGGAAGGGAGGGGGGGAAGGAUCGCUGGAGCACAGCCGAGCAGCGCAUCAUCCUCGCCGGUGUAGGUCUGGCUGUCGAGUCGCAUGGAGAAAAGGUAUGAAGAGCUGGUGCACUACUCAGGGUCGGAGGGCAUGCCGGUGGGGGGGUACGGGGACGACGUCAGGGCGCUUCCUCCGUCGCAGUAUGGCCCCGCCAUCCCUGACUCCCUCAAACACCACAAGGACCAGAUCUACGGUCACCCACUCUUUCCACUGCUGGCCUUAGUGUUUGAGAAGUGUGAGCUGGCCACCUGCUCCCCUCGGGACUCUUCCUCCUCCCUCUCAGCCACCUCCCACCUCCCCGGGAUGGCCAGCCACAGUGACGUCUGCUCCUCCGAGUCCUUCAACGAUGACAUCGCCGCCUUCGCUAAGCAGAUCCGCUCGGAGAAGCCCAUCUUUUCCUCCAACCCUGAGCUGGACAACUUGAUGAUCCAGGCCAUACAGGUUCUUCGCUUUCACUUGCUGGAGCUGGAGAAGGUACACGACCUGUGUGAUAACUUCUGCCAUCGCUACAUCACCUGCCUGAAGGGGAAGAUGCCCACUGACCUGGUCCUGGACGAGCGGGAGGGUGGCUCCAAGUCGGACUUGGAGGACUUUGGCGGCUCCUGCACCAGUCUGUCGGAGCAGAAUGCAUCAUGGUUACGGGAGCCAGAUGAAUGUGCCACUACGCCUCUAGGAACACCGGGCACCUGCGGUCUGCCCUCGCACAGCACAGGAGACAACUGCAGUGACGCAGGAGACGGCCUGGACGGGGGAGUGGCCUCGCCCAGCACCGGGGAGGAGGACGAGAGCGACCGGGACCGGAGGAACAACAAGAAGAGGGGCAUCUUUCCCAAAGUGGCCACGAACAUCAUGAGAGCGUGGCUCUUCCAGCACCUGUCGCACCCCUACCCGUCGGAGGAGCAGAAGAAGCAGCUGUCGCAGGACACGGGGCUGACCAUUUUGCAGGUCAACAACUGGUUCAUCAACGCCCGGAGGAGAAUAGUCCAGCCAAUGAUUGACCAGUCAAACCGCUCAGGUCAGGGUGGUCCCUACAGUCCAGAGGGAGCAGCUCUCGGAGGCUAUGGGCUCGACGGGCAGGCCCACCUGGGGCUUCGAACGGCAGGUCUGCCUGGAAUGUCCUCUCUGCAGGGUGACUACCCCGGCGCUCUGCUGUCCCAGCCGGGCUACCCUCCUCACCCGGGAGCGUCCCUCCACUCCUACCCCGGCCCACACCCCCACCCCGCCAUGCUGCUCCACCCGCCGCCCCACGCUCACCCCGCGGAGCCGCUCAUCGCCCAAGGACUGGACAUACACGCGCACUAGCUGCCAGUGGGAGCAGAGUGUGUGUGGGUGUGUGUGUGUGUGUGUGUAAGAGUGGGAGGGAAUAUUGCUGUGUGAAUGUGUGUGUGUGUGGAGCAAGUAUGGGUGUGUAAUGGCUGAUACAGUACCCUAUUUAAAGAGAAACUGCUCCAAAAGUUUACAUUCCUCACUGAGAGACACUGACCUUAAUGUAGCUGAUCGACUGACGAAGACCCACACACACGCACGCGUAAACAUUUCACACACACACACACUUGAGUCUGGACCCACAGGUUUAAGCCAUAGCUCUCUGAGUAGAAGUGCUUCCUCCUCUUCAAACGUCUCCACUGUCCUGUGGGCGAGACACCUGCUUUAAACAACAUUUCCCAUCAUGCCCACCAACCACAGGCCGGCCGGGUCAGAAACCCAACCCACGGAUGUUACCGGAUGGGACUCGAACCUGCGAGCCGCACCUUCCUCACGGCUUCCCCGUCUUCCUGCACACACACACACACACACACACGCACACACACACAUACACUUUAUUUAAAGCUUUUUUUUUUUUAGUUAGUUUUUUUAAUAUUUUUAUAUUUAUGCGUGCCGCUCCAGGUGGAUGCAGCUUCGUGUGAGUUUGUUGAAAUGUUAGUUGCUCUUCCUCAGCAUGAAGCUAAACACUCUGAAUGACAUCCAGUCUGCCUCGCUCUCGCACCACUGACCUCCUUAAGGCGCCAGCAGCCGCCUCUUACCUUAGAAGCUUUCUUCCAAGCACCCCAACUCACUGAUAGAUGAAGCAGCUGACACGACACAGAAAGCCAUUCUAACACACACACACACACACACACACACAUAUACAGAGACAUAUAGAGAAGGACUUCUGCAAGCAUUUCUAGUACACCGGUAACUGUCACAGUCUUGGGAAAGGGGAGCUGCAGCCAAAGGACUCUUUAGACAGUCGGUUCCUUAUCCGCUCUGCUUGGACCGCUUUCCGAAUUAUGACGAUGGUAAAAGACAAAAAAACGUAAAGUAUUAAAAUGUUUUUUGUAAGCCUU